AUGGCAAUACAUCUUCCACACACAAUCAAACCCCGACAUAAAGUAACAUUUAUGUCUCCACUAAAUGAAGAUCCAAACAAAUUGGAAACUGCUGAAUUAUGUAUGACCGAUAUGAAGAAAAAAUUGAUGGAAAGUGGAUUUCAAAAAGACGCUAUUCUAGUUGUCGAUGAAAAGAUUUUCCGAUUGUGUAUGGAGGAUAAAAAUACAUUAGAAUUUGAAGGAAUUUUCUUAUAUCCGGGUGACUUUCAUAUGAUGAAAUGUGCAAUGGUUGUUAUAUGGGACAUUUUACAAGGUUCAGGAAUUGAUGAUUUAAUUGGUGAAUUAUAUAAGGGUGCUACAUACCGAGCUGUUUUAGCAGUUGCUAAUUUCAACAAAUCAUUAAGAACUAUUAAGUUGUUAUAUACUGCUUUAAGUAUUAUAAUAAAUAAUGAAUUUAUUUUAACAUUGCCAGUAGAAAUCUUCGAUGAAAUGGAAGUAUGUAUGAAUAAGAUACCAACAGACUUAAAUAAUCCUGAACAAAGUAGAAAAUGGUAUCAAAUUAUUCUUGAUUUUUUGUCCAAAUCCAAAUGGCAAGAAUGUUUUCACAAAUGGAUCCAAGAUAAUUGUUAUAAAAAUUUAAAAUUUCGUUUUUGGUCGUUUGUUUUAUUUGAUUUAAUUACUCCGCUUAUUAAAUUAUAUACUGCAUUACGUACUGGUGAUUUUGUUGCACGAAAUGCAGCCGUAUGUGAAUUAUCCGAACUUUUUUUUGCUAGUAAUCAUCGACAAUAUGCUCGUUUAACAGCUCGUCAUAUAUCUGACCUUCGAGUUUGUCCACAACAUCUUCUUGAUUAUCUUUCCAAAAGUUUCGCGGUCUCACGUAGUAAUCGAAACUUUAGCAGUAUUGCUUUAGAUCAAACGAUUGAAGUUACAAUAAAUAAGGCUGGCAAAGGUCAUGGAGGUGUUACGGGUCGUUGUUCAAUUGAUUUAAUUGAUAUUUGGUCAAACUCAUUCGCUUAUCGAUCUUUACUUUCUACCAUUACAAGUGAAUUAGCUGCUGUGGAAUCAAGUUCCAAUAGUGUUGAAAGUCAUAUUGAAUGUUCACCUACUCGUAUGCAAGCAGAUCAUAUAGAUUUACAAAUUAUUCUUGAUAAACUUAUUGAAGAAAAAAUGUUCUCAUGUAAUACAAGCAAUGUUACUCAAAUUUUUACUGGCAAAAUCAUUCAUCCAGAUAUUAUUGAAAGUAAUUGUCAAUCCCGUAAAAUUGGUGCAGAAGCACUAGAAGUAUUUAUCCGUGAACGAUUAGUGGGUUGUUCUGUUCCUGUAAACAAGCCAUUACAUGCAUCAUCUCUUCUGUACAUUCGUGAUAACGAUACGUAUGAAAGUACUGGAUCUGGUGUACAUAAACGGUCAAAAAAGAAUUCCAUAGUCGAUAUUAAGAAAAUUGAUGCUGAAAUUAGACGUGUUGUACUCAUUGCUCAGUAUCGUCCUGUUGACUUGGUGGCUGUAUUUGGCCAUGAAUUUUCCACGGUGCCUAUUAGUCUAUGUUCAUUAGAGGAUCCAAAUUUAUUGAAUCAACAAUCUAAAUCAAAAGAUACAUUAGACUUUCUGCGAGACAAAUUUCCAUCAGCCAUAUCUUCUACAUGCCUUCAAACUUUGAAUAAACAACAAGCACUUGUCAUUGAUGGCUCUUCAUUACUUCACAUUUAUCCUCGUGCAGGUAGCACCGUAUAUGAGCAUGCAACUUAUCUAUUAAUUGAAACUAUAUUACCUGUAUUUGCUGACUUCUCCCGAAUUGACAUUGUAUUUGAUUCACCUAGAAGUCGAGAUCUGAAAUCAUUUAUUAAUCGACAUAGUGAUAAAAAUCUUAUACAACCAAAAUAUGAUUUUAUUCCUCGAAAUUCUCAUCUUCAAACAGGCAAAGCCUAUCAAAAUUUUGUUAUAUCAAAUCGAACUCGAUUUGCUGCUAUCAUAAUUGAAUGUUGGAAAGAAAAUCAAUUAAUUCAACAAUUACCAUUAGGAUCUGUACUUGUUAUAGCUGGUCCUAAUGAAAAAGCAACAAAGUUAGAAAGAGAUAAACCACCGGUGGACGUAAUCGAACUCGAGAGUAAUCAAAUAGAGGCGGAUUCACGUAUGAUUUUACAUAUUGAUCAACUUAUACAGAAUUCUUUUUUUAACAUUACCGUUAAAUCAAUUGAUACUGAUGUUAUCAUUUUAUGCAUUUAUUAUGCAUCACUUCUUAAUCUUGAAAAAUUGAUUGUUGAUGCAACAGUACCAAAAAAAACACCAAAAUUUAUUGAUUGUACUUAUAUUAACAAUGAAUUAAUUGACAAAUGUGGCGUUGAUCCAAUACUUCUUCUUAUCGUUUAUGCUCUUUCAGGAUGUGAUACUUGCUCUUUUAUUCGUAAUAUAAGCAAGCGAACUUUUAUGCUGGUACUCUUCGAUAGUCCAAAUGAAUUUAAUGAUUUGAAAAAGCUGACUGUCUUACCUGUCAACCACGAUGAUAUUGCUGGUGCUGAAAGACUUUUCGUUCGUUGUUUUUCUUCAAAUCGACGUCACAGAUCUUCGUCUUCAAUAUCAGGAGCAAAAACACUUGCUCAAACAAAUCAAAACGAUAUUUCACUGAAUGAAUUACGUGCUGCAAUUGCUAUGACAUCUUUAAAACAAAAUAAAUCAUCUAUUGUUACAUCACUUCCUCCGACAAACGAUGCUUUAUUUCAUCAUUGUUUACGAGUAUCAAGACAGGUUCAAAUUUGGCUUCAAGCACCUGACGGUUAUAUUACUUAUCCUGCUUUUGAAGAUAGUGGCUUUCAAGUCAUAAACAAUUUUCUUCAUGUAAAAUGGACAUCUAAAUUACCUUUUUCUAAUGAUCGUCAAUUAUCUUGUUGUGGAAAACAUAAAGGAAAUUGUACUAGAUGUGUCUGUAUUUUAAAUCAAUUACCUUGUACGCUUUUUUGUCAAUGUCCUAUUGAUUGUCCGAAUCGAAGAUUAAAUCCAAAUGAAAUGUGUAAUACUCAAAAAGCAACAACAGACAAACAGAAAUUUGUUUCACGUCAUUCAAGUUUUACAACAGGGCUACUUGAUCUUGAUUAUUCAAGUGAAGAAAAUAGUGAUUCGUCAUCGAUUUCAAAUGAAAACUGUGUCGACAGUGAAAUAGACGAGCACAACUAUUCCAUUUCAUCGUUAUCAAGUUCCAGCGAGUCGGACUCGGAACACUAUGGAUUUUGA